ACAGAGGUUCCCCUGGAUGGUCCGGCUACUCUCCUUCCUGUGCGUGUGUCUGCUGGCGUGUCUCCUCACCUUCAGAGUGGCCCUCAGCUACACCACAGCGACGUUUGCUGCUCCGAUGUCACGUGGGAAUGCCCCGCGGGGCAUGUCACUCCUGUUUGACACCCAGAGGUCAAAGGUCGAGGGUCAGCCUUUUCUUCCAGUGAUGGACCAACAGCAACAGACAGUUACGCAGCAGUUACAGCAGCAGCAGCAGCAGCAGCAGCAGCAGCAGGAAACACCCCCGGCCCCAACCGUCACACAACUACCUCUGGAGACGCACAUCACAACCUCAAAGCCGGAGUCUCUGAGAACAGAGCGACUGUCUGUGACUGCAACGCCGCCAAUAAAUAAUGUGCAACAGAAUGUGCGCCGAAAACGCUACAUCAAAGAUAAAUACCACACAGCUUAUAUCCCUUACCUCAAAGGGAUCUACAACAUGAGAAUUACAUGCGAUAGAGCUACCAACGAAGUUUACCGUCACAACUUCACUUACCCGCCAAACUUCAGCUGUAAGAGUCAAAUCCCAAAACUCACGGAGUCGGAGAGAAAAAUCAAAACGAGGCAACAGCUCCGGAUCUGGUGCGAGGGCGAGAAAUCGUUGGGCGCUGUGGAGACGGUCAGUUGGGACACGCCCCUCCAAACGUUCAGCGACAAUUCGUCCCGCGCAUGCCUGAGCUUGUACAUCCGGCAGAACUGUUACGACGACUACCCGAUCCCCAACAUCGUCCACUGGCUCUACUUCGCCGACGGCACCCUGGACCUCCGGAAGGCCGUGCCGUUUUACAGCGUGUUCAGCAUCCUUAAGCCGUGCCUGGUUCUGCUGCACGGGAACCACUUCCUUCCGGGACCUUACUGGGACGCGCUCAUCCCUCACGCCCCAAACCUCGUGCACGUGCCCCGCUCUCCACAGACUCACAUCCAUGGACGCAAGAUCGUGCACGUGGCCAACCAGGCGGACAUCGCCAGGCUGGAAGUGCUGCAGGAGUUCGGAGGUUUGUACCUGGACAACGACGAGAUCAUCUUGAGGCCCGUGGACAUCUUCAGGGCUACGGGAUUCGCGGCUUUCCACGAGGGGGUCACGAAAACGGUUUCCAACGCCGUUCUUUUCGCGAGGCCUGACCACGAGAUCACGAAGAUCUGGCUGAAGAAUUACGACAGCUACGACGGUGUGUCUUGGGCUUCCCACUCUAUCCUCUACGUCACUGAGCUACCCCGCCAUCAUCCCGACCUCAUCCAAGAGUUCGCUCCCUUGUUUAUCAAAUACGACUGGCAACGUCUUCAUAAUCUUUACCGCAAGUCAUGCAGCCUCGGAGAUUCGUUCGGAGCACAUCUCUACGCCUCGUCAUAUCCCGAGAAGGCAGACUUUGAGUACCUGAAAACUACCGACUCUACUUUUGGGAGACUAGCUAGAUACGUUUUAUUCGGUGAUGCUCGCAUUUGUACGUGAAAUACCACCUGUAUAGCUUGUCCAACUCAAGAAAAC